GGGUCAUAAAUCUUUCAUGAUCAUUUUUAUGAAAAUUUUUUCAUCAUACCUAGCAUUGCUCUAAAUUGAUCACCUCCACUGGUGCCCGGUUCUGUAUUUAGUGCGCUCAUUCAUUCAUUCAGAAAAAAAGACAGAAACACAGAAAGAAAGAAAGAGAGACAUAUAUAUAUAUAUAUAGAGAGAGAGAGAGAGAGAGGAUGGAGGGGAGGGGUGGUUGCUGUAUUGCGCGGUACGCUGGCGGCGAUAUGUCGAAGGUGGACCGUAUAAUGCUCAGAUUCCGUCCCAUCGCACCGAAGCCGGCGACUGGUGGGUCAGUUUCCGGCGGUUCUACGAACAACGAAGUGUACGUCGGAAGUGGAGGACGAGGUAAGCGAAGGUACGUUAGAGAUGCAAACAACAACAACGGCACUAGUAAAAGGAAAAGAAAGACCUCCUCCUCCUCCUCUACGGAGGAAACUGAAACUGACCCACUUCACAAGACCACCAGUUGUGGUGGUGGUGGUGGUGAGUCAGUUUCUGGCGGAGUUACGGUGGUGACACUGCCUUUGUUGCCGGAGACACCCGACUGGAAAAAGUCACCGGUCAGGGGGGGGUCUCCGAGUAGUAACCAUUCUGAUCUGAGUCUGACUAGUGCUGAAAAAGCACCACAGAAGAAGAACGAAACAAUCUGGUUAAACUUUAGCAACAACAACGAUAAUAGUAGUAAUAAUUAUGCAUCGUCGUCGAGGCAAGUGUCUUUCGGGUUAGAUCAGACGGUGGAGGUGGCGAUGCCGCAGCCGGUGAGGCUGCUGGGGUCGAUCGUGACGGUGGAAUGCGUGACCGACACGUGGGUUGAAGGUUGCGGUCUGGGGCGUACGGACGAGGAGAGGAUGAGGAAUCUGGAGAGGGACACGUGCCCGGGGUUCAUAUCGGACGGCCUGAAUCGCGUCGGGUGGACCAACGGGGCGUACAGGGAGAUGGUGGACCAUGAUGGUGGGGUUGGAGGGGUACCGGUGAUGGUUUGGUUGGUGAUGAAGGAGAGGGUGCCGAUAACGUACCCGGCCUUCACCUGCAAGGUGAGGCUGCAGUACAUGUGUGGGAAGGAGGCGACCUCCAUCACGGUGCCUUGUGAUGUGUGGAAGAUGGACGGUGGAGAUUUUGCAUGGAGACUGGAUGUCAAGGCUGCUCUCAGUCUCACUCUGGGUCUGGGUCGGUAAAAACGAUCUGCACCGUAGAUCAAAAAGCUAAAGCUAGAACUCUUCCAACCACUGAUGACGAGCCCUGACGAGACGAGAGUGAAGAAACAAACAGUAAAAUUGUAAAUAUCUUUGUGGGGUUUGGUUGGUUGUGUUUUUUGUGAUAGAUAUAUUUCUGAAUUGUACUUAUUUACUGUUACGUUCUAGCUC